GGGAGCUGAGCCUCCUGUUCAUUAGCAGUUGAGAAAAAUUCCUUUCUAGUUUGAUCAAUCCUUGUUUUCCUCAGCGCAGGCGAGGCGCCCGCCCAGAGCGGGGAAGGGGAGUGGGGUCUCUCCGCGGCGGGGGCGCCCUGCGCUGGGCCUCCGGGGAGCGCAGAAGUAGCGACGAGGGGGUCAGGCCGGAGCACCUCCCGGGCUUCUCCUCCCUCCCUCUCUGGUUGCCUUUUUUUUUUUUUUUUCCACUUCUCUCCCUCCCCCUUCCGUUUCUAUUUGUGAAGGGAGGAGGAAGGCAGAGGCGGGCUGGUGUCUCUGGCCGGGGACUGGAAUUUCAUCUGAAUGACUGCCCCAGCGCGCACGCAGCGCCCCGGAGUCGGCCCGCCCGCGCCCUGCAACCCGCAGCCGGCCGGCCAGCUGGGGGACGCCCGCGCCACGGCCUGGGGACCGCCGGCGCGCCUCGUUCACCGACUCCGGAUCCAGCCAGCCUCGGCGCGGCCGAACUAGGUAUCUGUGCCCCUCGGACCUCGGCCGGGAGCCAAGCGAGGAAGGCGCGGCUCGGACCAGCCAGGAGGGAGCCACCGUCGCCGCGGCCGCGACCAAAGGAAGAGUGCGGCUCCCUAGUUCCGUGCGCCGCCGGGCGCGCCCCGAUGUCAGCCGCGGGGCCGAGCGCAGGCCGCGGGCCGCCGCUGCUCUAGCCGCGCAGACGGGGAGGCGGCCUGUUGUAUGGAAUUUGGACCACGGCGCUCCCCUCCAGGGCUGGUGCCCCGGCCGCGGCCCUGGCGCAGCCCGCCGCCCCCCGCUAGGCACUCGCCAGGAGGAGGAGACGCAGCCGGCGGCGCGCGCGACGCGGAGACCCAGGCUCCCUCCUCUGGGGGGCGGGCACGCGGAAGGCGCUGGUGACUGAGCGACUGGCGGGGCCGGCGGGGACCGGAGCUCCGGGCUUGGUGAGCCCCCAGCUGCACUAGACGGGUCCCCAGGGUUGAGGACUUAGAGAGGUCUACCCGGGCCCACUGCCCGCAGCCGCCAUGGCGGAGAAUUGGAAGAACUGCUUUGAGGAAGAGCUCAUCUGCCCCAUCUGCCUGCACGUCUUCGUGGAACCGGUGCAGCUGCCGUGCAAACAUAACUUCUGCCGGGGCUGCAUUGGGGAGGCUUGGGCCAAGGACAGUGGCCUGGUGCGCUGCCCGGAGUGCAACCAGGCCUACAAUCAGAAGCCGGGCCUGGAGAAGAACCUGAAGCUCACCAACAUCGUGGAGAAGUUCAACGCCCUGCACGUGGAGAAGCCGCCGACCGCACUGCACUGCGUGUUCUGUCGCCGCGGCCCCCCGCUGCCGGCGCAGAAGGUCUGCCUGCGAUGCGAGGCUCCCUGCUGCCAGUCCCACGUGCAGACGCACCUGCAGCAGCCCUCCACCGCCCGCGGGCACCUCCUGGUGGAGGCGGACGACGUGCGGGCCUGGAGCUGCCCGCAGCACAACGCCUACCGCCUGUACCACUGCGAGGCCGAGCAGGUGGCGGUGUGCCAGUACUGCUGCUACUACAGCGGCGCGCAUCAGGGACACUCGGUGUGCGACGUGGAGAUCCGGAGAAAUGAGAUACGGAAGAUGCUGAUGAAGCAGCAGGAGCGGCUGGAGGAGCGAGAGCAGGACAUCGAGGACCAGCUGUACAAGCUUGAGUCAGACAAGCGCCUGGUGGAGGAGAAAGUGAACCAGCUGAAGGAAGAGGUCCGGCUGCAAUACGAAAAGCUGCACCAGCUGCUGGAUGAGGACUUGCGGCAAACGGUGGAGGUCCUGGACAAGGCGCAAGCCAAGUUCUGCAGCGAGAACGCGGCGCAGGCGCUGCACCUUGGGGAACGCAUGCAGGAGGCCAAGAAGCUGCUGGGCUCCCUGCAGCUUCUCUUCGAUAAGACGGAGGACGUCAGCUUCAUGAAGAAUACCAAGUCUGUGAAGAUCCUAAUGGACAGGACCCAGACCUGCACGGGCAGCAGCCUUUCUCCCCCUAAGAUCGGCCACCUGAACUCCAAGCUCUUCCUGAACGAGGUGGCCAAGAAGGAGAAGCAGUUGCGGAAGAUGCUAGAAGGUCCCUUCAACACGCCGGUGCCCUUCCUACAGAGCGUCCCCCUGUACCCUUGCGGUGUGAACAGCUCAGGGGCAGAAAAGCGCAAGCAUUCAACUGCCUUCCCAGAGGCCAGCUUCCUGGAGACAUCAUCAGGCCCUGUGGGCGGCCAGUACGGGGCAGCAGGCACAGCCAGCAGCGAGGGCCAGUCUGGGCAACCCCUGGGGCCCUGCAGCUCCACACAGCACUUGGUGGCCCUGCCAGGUGGUGCCCAGCCAGUACACUCGAGUCCUGUGUUUCCCCCAUCGCAGUACCCCAAUGGCUCUGCCACCCAACAGCCCAUGCUUCCCCAGUAUGGCGGCCGCAAGAUUCUCGUCUGUUCCGUGGACAACUGUUACUGUUCUUCCGUGGCCAACCAUGGUGGCCACCAGCCGUACCCCCGAUCCGGCCACUUCCCCUGGACAGUGCCCUCACAGGAGUACUCACACCCACUUCCACCCACACCCUCCGUCCCUCAGUCCCUUCCUGGCCUGGCAGUCAGAGACUGGCUCGACGCUUCCCAGCAGCCCGGCCACCAGGAUUUCUACAGGGUGUAUGGGCAGCCGUCCACCAAACACUAUGUGACCAGCUAACGCCAAGCAGGCAGUGGAUGCUGGGGACCCCUCCCCCCAGCCCCGGUGGCUCGGGAGUUAGGCAUCCAGAGACCUGCCCUUCUUUCUACCCUCUUCUCUCCCCCUUUCUUUCUCCAUUCCUUCAGGUCUUUUCUUUUUGAAUUUUGUUUUAUUUAGGGCUUUGAUUUUUUUUUUCUUUUUUUUUUUAAUUAUGUAUCUCCUGGAUGAGGAGGUGACGGUGGGAAUUGGCCUGGGCAAGGGCUGCCGGUGGCCCUGGAUUGGAACAGUGUCUUAACUCGAGGCACUGAGCGCUCUGUCUUUGCUUUUUUUAAAAUCCCACUCCCCCUUCAUGCCUCCUGUGGCUUAAAGAAGCCUCAGGUGCCAACUCUCCUCACUGAUCCCGGGAGAUGCCCAGUGCCCACUGGCCUGUUUCUCCUCCCUCCAGGUCUUCAUCUGGGCAGCUUGAUCAUUG